AUGCUAAUUUGGCAAUUUCGUAGGACUCGCAGAGUGAAAUGUGACGAGACGCACCCGGCAUGCAAGAGAUGUACCGCCAGCGGCCGCAUCUGCGACGGCUACGAGCCGCUCCCGGCCAACGCUGAGCCAAGAUUCAUCGCCGUGGUGCCGUCACCUGUCCGCCGGGAGGAAUCCCGCUCCUUGCGGUACUUUUAUGAAAAGACAGUCUCUCAAAUGACGACUUUUUUCCGGGAUGAGUUUUGGACCCGGCAUGUGAUGCAGGUUGCCGAUUCGGAAAAGUGUAUCCGGCAUUCUCUCGUUGCAUUGUCGUCCUACCACGAGUCCUUCUCAAGUCCAAAGCCGGCCAGUCGGAACCAAUUUGCGCUGCGCCACUACAACAUGUCGAUUGGCGGGAUACUUAAAUCGCUGAGGACUGCAGACAAUGCGCAUAUUCAUUUAAUGUCGUGCAUAUUGUUCAUCUGCAUCGAGGCAUUGCAAGGACACAUAUCGACGGUAGUGCAACUUGUCAAAGCGGGUUACAGAAUUCUCCAAGAACAAAACAAAAACCAACUGGCCAAGAAUUAUGGCGCAAAGCAAAGGGAAAGGCCACGCUCUGAUGCCAGUGCCUUUUUUGGCUUCGCUGACGGCUUCCUGCGCCGUAUAGUCGCUCAAAUAUACAUGUUAAUAAGAGACUUGGAUCCGGACAUAACAGCCAUUGUAACAAGCAUUCUGCAGCCCAGCGAGCAGUCGCGCUCCUUUGACUUUGCUUCUCUGGCCGACGCCCAAGAGGGACUCAGUGAUAUCCGCCUGCAAUUCGAGAGGUGUGAUAUGAGGGGGCUCGUGGGGAAAGUCUCGGCAUGGUCUACGGCAUUUGAAGAAUUCAAAUCAUUAAACUCUGCCACUCUCACAUCCCGAGCCAACAAGAGAGCAGUGGCUUUGCUGGAACUACAGUCGAGGUAUUGCGCGGUUGAUAUUGCCAUCAACUGUGCUGGCGAUCAAGCGAACCAGCUCCUCUGGGAUCGAUACAUUGGCGCCUUCACCGACAUGCUGGGCUAUGCCGAGAAAGCAAUGGAUCUGCAAGAUGCAGAUGUGAAAGGUCAGGCAAGUUGUUCACCUCAGUUCCACAUGCACUCCGGUACGGUGCCGGUGCUAUACGGGAUAAUUGCGAAAUGCCGAGACCCGACGAUUCGUAGACGCGCUAUCGGGCUCAUGACCUCCCGUCCUCUGCAAGAAGGCGUGUGGAACAACAAUCUUGUGCUGGGGGUUGCACGGAGGAUCAUGGCCACCGAGGAGGGUAGUCUUGGUCCAUGGCCGGCAUCGUGCAAAGACAUCCCUGCCGAGUCUAGAGUUCGUUCCAUUGCAGUUGCAGCAGGUGCAGGUGAUAACCAGUAUAUGGUGGGCUACCAACUAGGUCGGGGCUGGCGGUGGGAGGAGUCUGAUUACAUUGCGGAUUGUGUAUGA